AUGACCACUCGCUCCAUAGGAAAUAAUGACGAGGAAUACAAUGUCACUCCGGUUCUUAUUCAUCCUGAAGGUGAAGCCAAAAGACUUGUCACCCAUUUUACUCCUACUUAUAGAGCAAGAGGUACUGAAGAACCUUAUCAGCCAAUUGUCCAUGAGUCAUUUCCCAUCUUUAGUCUUGAUGAGAAAGCGACGAUAGCUUCCGAAGAAGAGGACCUUCCGGUGAAAUCAGCAAUGAUCCUCAAAGGUAAAGGUCUGUUUACGGAGAAGUUUGUUGGGGAGACUGCAAAAUACGUGCGCGACUACCUGGAGUCAAGGGCAAAUUCAAGGGAAAUGCAAAUAGGAUUGGACAAGCAAUGGGAAGAAUUAGAUGCGGAUACAGCAAAAGAGGCUUGCGAGUCGGAAGACAUUGGCCAGUCUGGAAUCCCGGAAGCACGACCUACUACCGAAAGCAUCUCGAGAGACGUGUAUGUUCGAAAAACAGAGCUCCAAGAGAAGAUGAGAUUGUCGUUCAGAGCAAAUGCUGGCUUGGAAUGUGUAGCACAACAUUUCCCGACGGCAAUUGAAAACAACUGGAACUCGAUCAAGUCCCGUGAAGUCGAGUCCGAGAAUCAGCUGAUCGAGAACAUGUUGUCGAGGGCAACAGCCGGCGUAGCUGCUGAUCUAGCGAUAAAAGAAGAAUGGGGAAGAUACCUGAAGCUCAGGACUGAAUCUACUCGUGCUCAAGCGUAUCUGGACUUGAACAAGCUUGAAGAAGUGAUGAUCAAUUUUUCAAGCGUGCUAGGACAAGAAGAAAAAGGCAAAGUGAUAGAUCGUUUGGCCAGGUUGGAAAGCAGUAUAAGCAGCAUUGCGACAGAUUAUGUCCGUCGGCGGGAUGAGUUCCACCAUAAGGUUCACAGUAGAUAUGGGCUGGAUCUUGAGAUUCCCGAUUCUGGCUCCAAGUGGAACGCGCUGUGGUCUCAACAUCAAGAGAAAUUGGUUGGAAAGACAAAAGUCAGAUAUGAGUUCGGUAGUUCGGACAGCAACGUGACCAGACCUGUUGGUCGAAUCGCAGCAGAGUACAUUCUAGGAGAUGAGGGCGAGCAACAAUGGCAUCCUAUCGCUCAUCCAGACGUCCCCUCGUUCAGCGAGCUGACCAAACAAGACUGUGAUACACACAAACCUCCCGGAAAGCGUUUCAAUGCUAGAAAUUUCCUAUCUAAAGGUGAGUCGGAAGGUAGACCGACUCACGAUUUUCUCGAAGAGAUGAGUCGAAAAGCUUUGUCUCUGGAUACUGCCAUGACGCAGAUCUCAGAGGCCCGAAACGCUCUCAAGGAGGAUGAGCAAGGCCUAGCAGAAUUGAAGAGGGUCGAGGCUGCCUGCAGAGAAAUCAAGAAUACUAUUCCAGAAGCUAUCACCUCAAAUAUGCAGGCGUUAUAUGACCGUGAGGUCUCCCAAUGGAAUAAGUCAUUUCGAGAUUCCGAAAUGAUAGCUCAACGAGUGAUCCCGAAUCAAGGUGAACUUAUCAGGCGAUGGAUGGACCGAAUGCAGACCUCAUUGCGGCACCAUGAUUGUCUCGAGAGGGCCCGAUUGACAUCGUUGACCGCCCAUCUGCGAGAGGAUGCAGAAGAAUCAUCAGCAGCCCUAGAUGUGCAACACAAGCUAGAAGAGGAUCACAACAAGCUUAAUUGGGGAAAUCAGCGUUUCCUCACUGACUUUGACGAGACAUUUGUCUCCGAAACCCGAAUUCCGAUAAAUGGCGAAGAGUGGCAAAGACUCUGCACCAGGUUCCCUGCUGCUUCAGGUGGCGCAAAAACAGUUUUUGAUGUCAAUCAACCAAGCGAUUACUCGAGUUACACAAGGAGGAACACAGCUAGCGGGCCUCAAGGAUUCUGCAAAAUCCCGCACAAAUAUUUGGUUCUCUGGGGAAAAACCUGA